CGUACGGCCAGCAUCAGACGGUCAGCGAGACAUCGCCAGACUGCCAUCCCAGCCAGAGCAAGUUCGUGGCGGGUGUGUCUAGCCUGCUGUCAACUGUGUGUUGCAUUGCCCUCGACGUCGAACACGGGCCUUUGGAUGAUUGUCAUUUUGCCAUCGCCGUUAUUACCACCUAGACCCGUAUACCACCCCCACCCACUUGUAUACACGCCGGUAGACGCAUCGUCCUGCACGUAGCUAUCGCGCUCCUCGACAUCUAAACUCGACCUGUUCCCAAUGGCGUCCCCGGCCACUGUUCCGUUUACUUCCGUCGACACCACCACGCGACAGCUGACCAAGGACGAGGUUGAGUCGCCGAGCAUCUCCAGCGCAAAUGCGCUUGCCCGCUACGAGUACGAAGCGGGCCAUGCAAAUGCCACCACGGGCACCAAGAUCCUGAUGGUCGAGUGGGAGGACGACGACACAACGCGGGGAGUGCGGGGAGACUGGCACAUCUCAUGGGACGGCAGCACACGGGUCCUGCCCGCCAACGACCAGUCGGCCAACGACGUGCAUCGCAUGUACUUUUUGCUACCCCCAGGCGUCGCGGUACCUACCAGCGUUACACUCACGCUACGACCGCAAGACGGUACCAGGGCUCCUGUUGUCUGGCAUACAAAUCCCCUUCCGGCAUUGUUCCCGCCAGAGCUAGGGGCAUCGGCACGGGCAGCGGGCAAGAAGGGUGUCCUGCACACCAUUUGGGCAAAGAAAAGGCUGCAGGUACUACAGAAGGAGAUUGAAGCAGAGUCACGUACCAACGUCGAGGGUGUCGGCUUACUCAUGGCCGUGCAAGAGAAGGAAUGGAUUGAGUCGACAUUCGGAGUCAAUGCCAAACCCGCAGGCCUAAGUAUCUCACUUGGCGAGCCCGUGCUGGCACCGAUGAAGGCACCCUCUAGCCCACGGUCUCCUGGCGGGGGCCGCCUCAUGGACAAGCUGGCAGGACUGCGACUAGGCACGAGUGAAAAGGACCUCUCACCCAGCAACAGUAUGCAGGGCUUCUCCAACCCCCUAUCGCCCGAAUCUUCAGACAUUGCUAUUAGUUCUUUUGCAGUCUUCAAGGGCGCAAAUCCAGCUAGCCUUGCGGCAAAGCCUCCGCAACCACCCCAGGUUCAGCCAAUAGAUCCACCUCGGAGAAUCGCAGCACAGGCACCUCCACAGUUUAUCACAGAACAGCAGAGCGCUGGCAUGGGCUCGUUAAAUGCCUUGUCUGGCCCAGCGCCCAUUUUCCAAUCUCGAGGCCCACUGGGGUCUGCAGACGACGACGACAAGGAUGAUGGACUCUUCGCGCUGCCUAUCAGCCCACGGAGCCCGGAAGUAGGCAAGAGUCCCUUCUCGUUUUCAGCCAGUGAUACGGCACCUUUUUUGAAAGAAGAAAGUGCUGCGUAAGCACAUGGAUAGAUUCUACUGUUGUGCCGGAGUCUUGGGAUCUGGAAUUCUGUCUUGAAUGGAGAGGCACCCGUAGCCCUCUUGUUUGGCGUGAUACCUUGGCGGCCUUGUUGGCUAUUUUGUAAGAUCCUAGAUAGGUGAAUACACGAUGAAUAAAAUCCAAAGUUGCAGCCGCGUUGCUCUCUUGCUAUUGGCUGCCC